CACUGCCUUUUUCUUUCCGCUUUUAUGCUUACAUCCACAGUAAUAUGUGAUGACACUUACUCCAAUAAAACCUGGAGUAUUGUGGUGCAGAGUAUGUUCCAAUUGUGCAAAUUAACCAGAUGGAGUGUAAAUAUGUCAGUAUCUGGAGUGAGGGCACAGUCAAGAAAGAUUUCUAGGUCAAAGACAACCCCCCUGUCUACCACAAAUUUAUUCCCGCCUCCUCCAGCUGCUUUGAAUUUUGUAGGUCAAGAACCUUACCCAACUUACAUUCUUCCCUCAUCUUCAAAG